AUGACGCCCCAACCCCAUCGGUCUGUGACCGCACCAAUACAUCACCAUCUCUCCUCCAUCAUCUGGAAGUCCGCACUAUUUGCGCUCGCCCUUCCUUCCCUUCCCCGCAUCGCUCCUUCGCUCUUUUCUCUCAAGACCCUGAACUGGCUUUGGGGUUCGACGGUUUUGUACCAUGUUAAUGGGAUUCUGUCGCAUAAAGCUGUUAAUGGAUGGAAACGUGCAGUUUGGAACGCCGAGAACGAGGUAGCUCCCGAUACCGUUUAUGUAUAGUAUAGAAAAAUUAACUUUUUACUCUUUCUAGAUUGUUGUUGUGACGGGUGGUUCAGGUGGGAUUGGGAAGUUGGUUGUCAAGGGAUUUUUGGAGAAAGGGUGUAAGGUUAUAAUCUUGGAUUUGACUGAAUCGGAGGAUAUUAAGGCUGGUUCGUUCUUCAGAGUUCCCUAUCUUACUUCCUGUUCGUCAGGUUAAUGAACGCAGGUCCAAAUCUUUCUUUUUUCAAGGCCGAUGUCAGCUCUCUAGAAGAUGUCAAAGAGGCAGCAGCCAAAAUCAGGAAGGAAAUUGGUGAACCUACUGUUCUUAUCAAUAAUGCAGGCAUCGGCUUUGGAACCACAAUUUUGGGAGAGAAUGAAGAGAUGAUUAGGAAGACGAUUGAUGUUAAUCUCGUAUCGCACUUCUGGACCGUGAGAGAGUUUCUACCUGCUAUGAUAAAACGAAAAGCUGGUAUGUCAUCCUCUCUCGCCUCCCGAAUUUCAGAUCUGUUUGGAUAUAUAUUCUAGAUGUUGACGCAAGCAGGUCAUAUCGUGACAAUUGCAAGUAUGGCGAGUUUCGUAACUAUCGCCCAGAAUGUGGAUUAUUCAUGUAGCAAAGUCGCCGUGCUGGCUUUUCACGAGGGUUUGAGACAGGAAUUAGAUCACAGAUAUAAUGCUCGAUUAGUCCGAACUAGGUACUUUCUCCUCCUUUCUUCUUCGCAUUAACUAUACUCAAGAGAAUGUAGCAUCAUCCAUCCUUUCUGGGUUCGCACCCCCCUCGUCGCACCCCUCGAAAAACUAUCCAAAGACUUCCCAAAGGUCAUUCUCAAUGCUCAAGAUGUUGCCGAUAAGAUUGUCGCACAGGUUGCGAGUGGAUACGGGGGUCAGAUUGUUAUGCCGAGGCAACUUGCUAUUGCAAGUAUUUUGAGGGGAUUACCGACUUGGAUGCAAGAGAGGGUGCGGGGAAGGCAGAGGAGCCAGAUUUUGGAGGGGUGAGGGGAC